AUGAUCCUGCUCGAACACCGCGAGCGUAAAGAACGAGAAGGCGACGACCGCAUAUCCCCGACCACGAUCAUCACUGUAGCCGUAUUCCUCGCAAUCCUCUUCAUCCUCCUCAUCGCCGGCAUGGUGUUCUGCUGGCGCAAUCCGCACUGGCUGUCGGCGUGGCGGCGGAAGGCCGCUGCCGCCCAGGUAGACGCCAAUGCCACGGCCCGCGCAAAGGGCCUCGGCAUCGAGGGCGCCGGAGACCUGGAGGAGUCCCGGCCAAACACACAGAGGUCGGACAUGAGCUAUGCUGAUCUUGCACGGGAGAAGGAGCUGCGCAGGGAGGACGACCACGCAGUGAUGCCGAGCAGAGAGAAGGAUAGCUCGAGGGUGGAUGUGACUACUGCUGCUGCUGCUGAUGAUGCUCAUACUGCUUUUCCCAAACCCGUGGCGAGCUUGGGAACCCCGAGAUUGGCAAUGUCCAAGGCGAUAAGAUAUGUCACAAAGGAUGCACAGUACCUCUCUAUAUUCCAGACAUUCUCAAAGUCCCCGUCUGCAAAGGGGACGCCCAAUAUCGCCCCGCCGCGGGUGCUGCCGCCGCAGCUGUCCCCGCGGAAAUACGGCUUCCGCAGCGCACGAUCUGCAAAGAAGGGAGGCACAGGGCCCAAGCUCUCAAUAUCAGCCCCUGUAUAUGGCGAUCUCCCGCCACUAACCCUGUCGCUGCCGACCAUGACGCUGUCGUGGACAAACUACGAGGAUGGGACGGGCCCGGAGCCGAUAAGUCCCAACCAGUCUGAGCUGGUGUUCUCCGACUGCGUGGAGUCGCUGUCGGAUGCGGAGGAUGCGGAGGAGGUGUCGACGGUGGACUAUGAGGCGUUUUCGUCGCGUGGCGGGGAGUUCAGUGAUUAUCGCCGGGGCAGUAGCGGGAAGAGGUUGUCGUUUCAUAGCCAGAUGAGCGGCGUGAGUAUUUUGUCGACAGAUACAGGAAAGAUUAUCGGACCGAGCGAGAGCCCAAGGAAGGUGGUGGUUGUACAUUAUGAGUAG